AUGCAGGCCGCCGCCGCCACCGCUGCCACGGUCGCGCCCUUGUCUCGACAAUCCUUCAAAUUGAGCACUGGUCCGCUCAAACCCAUUCUCAAAACGUCCCCCUCCUUCAACGGCAAGCGGAAAGCCGCCGACGAUGAUAGCCUCCACAGCGACAGCACUAUGGAUGGUUCUCAGAGCCCACGCAAACGUCAGCGAGUCGAGUUCAACAUGAAUUUAGAGAUACACGAGGUCGGCACGAGGUCCGUCGACGAGGUCAAAAAGGAGAUACAGGACGCCCUCGACGGACACUCAAGAGGAGAUGACGAGGAAUACGAUAUCCUAAAGGAGACACUCUCGGGUAAACAACGACUCUACGAGGAGGAGUAUGAAGACGAUGACUCGGACCCAUCACUUCCAGAGAAACGACGCCAAGAACUCAAAGUCUACAUGGUUGCGCUCGCUAGCUUCAUCCCACAUCUAGGCAGGUCUGCCAACGGCCUUGUGAAGGAAGUCCUGAAAUGUCAAUGGCUCGGCCGUGAUGAACAGUUUGUCCGAGUCUACACGCAAUUCCUGGGAGCCCUCAUUAGCGGUCAAGGCUCCUAUCUUGAGCAGGUUCUGUUGUCUUUGGUAGAAAGGUUUUCCGACUCUCGAUCAUCCGCUUGGGCAGUGGAUGGGUUUGCACCUGUUGCCAAGGAGCGCGUUCAAGAGCGCUUGCACCAGGCUCUACAAUAUCUACUCCGAGUUUUCCCCGCUGCUCAGUCGGUUCUUGGCCGUGUCAUUGCAAAGAAAUAUCCUUUUGAGACAGAGUCAACCCGGAUACAUUUGGCAUAUGUAGAAAACCUCCUUCGACUACGAGAAUAUGCCCCACAGCUCAAGACGGAGAUCAUGGAUCUUAUCAUCAGCCACCUGGUCCAAACCGAUGUUCAUAUGCAAACGGAUUUGGACGAUCUGGACGACAACCUCACCGCCAUGGUGGCUCUGGCCCUCAAAUCCUCCCAAGCAGCAGCUGAGCUGCAAGGCGAUGACGGCGAUGAAAGCGAUGCCGAGUCCGUUGUUAGUGACGAGGACGAGGACGAAUAUGCCAAGGUCAAUGCCGUCAAGGAAAGCAUCGAGAAGAUGGACUUUAUCAUGCACCUGCUUUUUCGGCUUAAUGAGCCACAGUACGCCGAUCCUGAGUCUGACGAAGCUCUUGAAUCCUUUAGCGACCUGCUGGCUGAGUUCUCGAACAUCAUCCUGCCUACGUACAAGUCGCGACACACUCAGUUCCUCGUGUUCCACAUUGCACAAAAGUCCGAGCGAUUGAUGGAUGCAUUUUGCGGCACUUGCAUUAACAUUGCUUUCGAGUCGCAGCGGCCACUUGUGCUGCGUCAGGCAGCAUGCGCAUACUUGGCUAGUUUCGUGGCCCGAGGCGCUCAUGUCCCCGGCCACAUUGUACGCACCAUCUUUGAAGUCCUUGGCUAUCAUCUCGAUCAGAUGCGAACUCUUUAUGAGGCAUCCUGCCGUGGUCCGGAUGUCCGACGAUACGCAGCCUUUUAUUCAUUAACGCAGGCGUUGAUGUAUAUCUUUUGUUUCAGAUGGCGUGACCUGGUAGCAUCUGUUCCAGAAGACGUCGAUGAGGACGACCCUUCUUCUUAUCUCGACCAGGACAUUGAGUGGAUCGCAGACGUCAAGGAUAUUCUUAGGCGGAACAUCUACUCGAGGCUAAAUCCACUCAAAGUCUGUUCUCCAGGCAUCGUGGACCAGUUUGCCCUGCUUGCGCACCGCUUCCGGUUCAUGUAUAUCUAUCCGCUGAUCGAGGCUAACAAACGCCUCCGGCUGUCACAAUUUGUCUCCACAGCAUACGCAAACGGCGGCGCACUACGUGAAUCUGGACUGGACUUGAGUGAUGAGAGCUGGCAGAGACUGGACUCCUUCUUUCCAUUUGACCCUUACCAACUACCCACGAGUAAACGUUGGGUAGAUUCGGAUUAUCUACAGUGGCAGGAUAUUCCCGGACUCAAUCCUGACGAUUCGGAGGAUGAGAGUGACGAGGAAGAGGAGGAAGUUCUUGACGAAGAGCUUGAGGAAGACACGGCAACAGACGAUGAGACUGGUGCAGAUAAUUGA